AUGACCCUGAGCAAAAGUCCCAGAGAGCCUAUAUCUGAACUACUGAACUAUGAAACUCAUAUAGUAAAGCCUGCAGCGCCGCUUGCUCCCUCCUCCUGCUGCUCUUCCUCCCCCUGCUCCCAGGACGGCAGGAUGGCUGUGCAGGGCACACCGCGCUUCCUCCUGACCUUCGAUUUUGACCAGACCAUCGUGAACGAAGACAGCGACGACUCAAUCGUGCACGCGCUGUGCCAGCGGCUGCCAGAGAGCCUGCGCGCCACCUACCGUGAGGGCUUCUACAAUGAGUACAUGCAGCGGGUCUUCAAGUACCUGGGCGAGCAGGGCGUGCGGCCGCGGGACCUUCGUGCCGUCUACGAGGCCAUCCCCCUGUCCCCGGGCAUGGGCGACCUGCUGCAGUUUGUGGCCAAGCAGGGAGCCUGCUUGGAGGUGAUUAUCAUCUCGGAUGCCAACACCUUCGGCGUGGAGAGCAAGCUGCGUGCCGCCGGGCACCUGGGCCUGUUCCGCCGCAUCCUCAGCAACCCGUCAGGUGGCGACGGCGCCAAUGACUUCUGCCCCAUGGGGCUGCUGGCCAGCAGCGACGUGGCCUUCCCGCGCCGCGGCUACCCCAUGCACCGCCUGAUCCAGGAGGCGCAGAAGGCCGAGCCCAGCUCCUUCCCUGCCACCGCGGUGCCCUGGGAGACCGCCCACGAUGUGCUCCUCCAUCUGCAGCAGGUGCUGAAUGCGUGCUGA